CGGACUGUCAGGCGGGCUGAGGGAGUGUCUGCUGGGUGUAUGAGCUGGCUGAUGUCUUGUUGGUGUGAAUGAGCUGAAAACACACACACACGUACACACACACUUGGUCAGACAACAGCUCGGCAGGCGAGACGAUCACGGGAAACGGAGGAACAGUUUUCUUUUAUAUCUUCUUCCCGCUUCCUUGCCCUCUUCCAUCUUUAUGACUUCGUGAAGACGAAAGCAACUCUGCCAUGGAGAGCUCCGUUGAGGCUUCCAAGACUAGUGUUACGUCGAACCCCAAGCCACCACUGGCCCCCAAACCUGGCCUUGCUCCCAAGCCCUUCUCUGUGCAGAAGAACACCACCAUCCGCUCCAUUCAUGCCCCAAAGACGCUCCCCGCUACCUCGAAAAUUCAAAAAUCAGAGCCUACAGGUGUCUCCAAACCAACUUUGACCCCUCGUGCUCAGAAAACAUCUCAGCCGGCUGUCACCUCAAAUGCAAAACCAGGCUCUCAAAGUGAGCUUCCCAAAAGUGACCCAACAACAACCAAAGCUAGUGAGGCAGGUAAAGAGGAAACUCGUGAUUCCAGUGUAGGAAAAACAGCCUCACAAACCAGUCAGCCCGAAGAGACAAAGAAAUCUGAGCUUGUCCAGAAAGACGACAUCACCCAAACAAACCACAAAGCUUCUGGAGAUGUUGCAAGUAACUCAGAGCAGAACGACGGAAAAGCGAAGGAAGAUGAAACUCAAGCUUCUGUCGUCAAAAUGCGGAAUCACUCAGGCAGCGAUGGUUCCUCUUCAACCGAUGAAACAUUUCGUUGGGGUGGUGCUAGGAAGCGUCUGUCCAUGGAGCUCACCUCAAAGUUUGAGUCAGGCGGUCUGUCUCUGCCCCCGCAGCCUACCACAGCUAUCUCCACAUACAACACCAAAGGGCGUUCAAAUAGGCUAGUAUCUCCUGCUCCAGAGCAGAAGCAGGCAUCUCCAGAGCAGAAGCAGGCAUCUCCAGAGCAGAAGCAGGCAUCUCCAGAGCAGAAGCAGCCAUCUCCAGAGCAGAAGCAGGCAUCUCCAGAGCAGAAGCAGGCAUCUCCAGAGCAGAAGCAGGCAUCUCCAGAGCAGAAGCAGGCAUCUCCAGAGCAGAAGCAGCCAUCUCCAGAGCAGAAACAGGCAUCUCCAGAGCAGAAGCAGGCAUCUCCAGAGCAGAAGCAGGCAUCUCCAGAGCAGAAGCAGGCAUCGCCAGAGCAGAGGCAGGCAUCGCCAGAGCAGAAGCAGCCAUCUCCAGAGCAGAAGCAGCCAUCUCCAGAGCAGAAGCAGGCAUCGCCAGAGCAGAGGCAGGCAUCUCCAGAGCAGAAGCAGGCAUCUCCAGAGCAGAAGCAGGCAUCUCCAGAGCAGAAGCAGGCAUCGCCAGAGCAGAGGCAGGCAUCUCCAGAGCCUUCAAACAAAGAGAGCGAUGACGGUGAAGUGAAAGAGGAUUACACCGGGGGAAACAGCAUAAAACGCAGAAUCAGUCAACUGUUUGACUCUGCGUCGAGGCCGGAGGCCAUGCCGAAGAGGGACGAACCGGAAAUCUUAAACGGUAUAGGAGGGGUGAAGGAGCGCAUCAAAAAUUGGGCUGCAGAAACAAGUUCUGAGGGUCCAAAGAUGGAGAAGAAGCCUCCGGCUACAUCCCGAGCACGCUCCAAGAGCUUUGAGCCUGCAACUUCUCCAACAGCAGUGAAAACACCAAAAACUUCAAAUCUCAGACUUUCUGCCGAAGAAAUGCCGCAGAGUCCGACUGUGGACCCCCCGUCAAAGGUCUCACCUGUUGAACAACCAACAAAGUCCCCAACAGAAAUGCUAAAACGUGUUCAAACUGAAAAGAAAUCAUCAGAAAGUGCUGCAGAGAGCCCACAAGAGGCGAACAAAUCAACGGAGGUUGACGUCCAGUUGCGCACCCCUAACCUGAGUGAAGACGUACCAAAGGAGAACAAUGUCAAACGUCGCUCUGUUCGCUUUGGCACCGUGCAGAGCGAUGAUGGUGGGCCUCCACUGAUCCUAGGCUCGGAUUCUGAUUCUGACACUGAAGAAGAAGAAGAAGAAGAAGAAGAAGACGAAGUAGAAGAAGAAGAAGAAGAGGAGGAGGAGAGUCCUGGAUUUACAGCUGAAAAGGAAGUCCCUGAUGUAGUGCCUGUCUAUAAAAGAGUAGGAAUUUUUCAGAAAAAUUAUGAUGAGAGUCAACGGCAAGAAGAAGAAAGAAAGAAACAUCUGGAAUUUGAAGAACGGCGGCGAGCAGAGGAGAAGGAACAAGCAAGGCUUCAGCUAGAACAGGAGCAGAAAAGAGUGGAAGAAGAGAAGGAAAAAGAAAGGGAAAGACAGAGGGAAGAGCUCAGGCUUAAGGAAGAGGAGAGGGCAAGGCAGAAAGAGGAGCAAAUUAAACAAGAGAUGGAGGAGAGGGAAAGGGAGAGGCUAAAGGAAGAGGAGAGACUGAGGGAGGAAAGAGAAAGACAGAGACUAAAAGAAGCGCAAGAGAGAGAGAAAGAGCUGAAGCUGAAACAGGAAGAGGAGGAAAGAGAGAAGGCAAGACAGAUAGAGGAAAGACUCAGAGAAGAACAGAGAGAGAAAGAACGAUUAAAGGCAGAGGCUGAGGAAAAGCAGAAGGCUAUUCGCAGGAAGCAGGAAGAGUUGUUGAGGGAAAGACUGAGACAGGAGGAUGAAGAGAGAAAAAGAAGGGAACAGGAGAGGAAAAUACAGCAGGAAAAAGAGGCAGAGAUGGAGAGGAAGAGGCUAUUAGAAAAACAGAAAGAAGAGGAGAGAAAGGAAGAGGAAAGCAGGAGGCAGAUUGAAAAAGAAAAAAUGGAGCUGGAGAUGAAAAUACAGAAGGAAAAGGAGGAAGAGAUGGAGAGGCAGAGGCUGUUAGAAAAACAGAAAGAAGAGGAGAGAAGGGAAGAGGAAAGAAGGAGGCAGAUUGAGAAAGAAAAAAUGGAGCUGGAGAUGAAAAUACAGAAGGAAAAAGAGGAAGAGAUGGAGAGGAAGAGGCUGUUAGAAAAACAGAAAGAAGAGGAGAGAAGGGAAGAGGAAAGAAGGAGGCAGAUUGAAAAAGAAAGAAUGGAGCUGGAGAUGAAAAUACAGAAGGAAAAAGAGGAAGAGAUGGAGAGGAAGAGGCUGUUAGAAAAACAGAAAGAAGAGGAGAGAAGGGAAGAGGAAAGAAGGAGGCAGAUUGAGAAAGAAAGAAUGGAGCUGGAGAUGAAAUUACAGAAGGAAAAGGAGGAAGAGAUGGAGAGGCAGAGGCUGUUAGAAAAACAGAAAGAAGAGGAGAGAAGGGAAGAGGAAAGAAGGAGGCAGAUUGAGAAAGAAAAAAUGGAGCUGGAGAUGAAAAUACAGAAGGAAAAAGAGGCAGAGAUGGAGAGGCAGAGGCUGUUAGAAAAACAGAAAGAAGAGGAGAGAAGGGAAGAGGAAAGAAGGAGGCAGAUUGAAAAAGAAAGAAUAGAGAAGCAGGAGCAGGAGAGAAAAAUGCAAGAGGAACUGGAAAGAAGGCAGGCAAACCAACUCAAAGAAAAGCAAAGACUGGAGGAAGAGAGAGAAACAAAACAAUCCGGGUUGAACAACAUGCAAGAGAAGAGUUUGAUGCACAAAGCAGAGUCAAAUCUAAUCAGUUUUGAAGCUGAAGAUUGGCCUCAGGAGUCAAAGUCACCACUUUCCCCCUCACCAAACACCUCUGGGCCCACAGAGAAUCUGAUGAAUGUGGUUUAUGAUGACUUCUCGGUCAAACAGAAUCCGAUCGACAUAGAAUUUGAUGAUUUUUCAGUCAAACCGAUAAAAGUGACGUCACGGCGUAAAACAGAAAACCGUCCGGUUUUCCAUAGUUGGGAUGACUUUCUGGAUAAAGAGGAAGCGAAGGGACUGGUGCCUGUGGAUGUCAAAACUGAGAAAGCCGAGGAAGACAAAAUAGAAAAACCAGAGCAGUGUCCGAGUACACCACCUUUGCAGGAGAGAGAAUGGGUGGAGGAGAUAAAAGAUGAGCCAGCUGAGAAGCAGCUCAUCUCUCUAGACGUGAAGAAAGAGGAGAAGCUAAUCUCUCUUGACGUGGACGAGGAGGAGGAAGAGGAGGAGGAGAAGGAGACAGAAACCGAGGAUGAGGACGAGGUGGAAGAAGAAGACAACCAAGAGGAUCAGACUAACAGUUUCUCCACAAACAAUGAAGACAAGGACACUGAUGCUUUGAUAGACUUUGGCCUUAAACAUGACCAGCAGGAUCCAGUCUGGGAACAAACACCUGAAAGAAACAGUCCACAGCCAGUCCCUGACGAAGUACCUGAAGUCCCAUCUGAAGACACCGCAGAUGAUCUGAAAGAGCCAGAGUUUGCCCCUUUUCCCGAGAGCUCCACUCCUCUCCUUGACACCAGUGCACAAAGAUCCAAGGCGGAUCUGGGAAAGAGGCGUAUUCGAACACGUCCAUCGCGCAAGCUGACCGCAGGGUUAGCUCAGAAGGAAAUGCAGGAUUGGAGGACCCAGGACUCCACAGCUGAAAAAGAGACAGUUUCAAAAGAAAGGGAGUCAGAUUCUGAGGAAGAACAGCCUAAACCCAAGGUAGUCUGUUCCCCGUCCCAGCGAGUGCCAGUGUUUCCUGGUAUCAGUCCUGCAGGCUUGCUUGCUCAACUCAAAAGGAAAACAAGUGGUGGAGGAACUGGAGUGAAAGAGGAAACCGUAGAAAGCAAAGCUAGCGAAGAGAAGGAACAUCAAGAUGAAGAAGUGGCACCAUCUUCCGUGGAGCUCUCGCGUUCUCCUCGCACGCCUGCCCGUCUGGCUGGAGCUACACGGGUGCUGCCAGUCAUAGGCAACAAGGAAGAAGGUGGUGCCUCCUCGCCUGCUUGGCUGAAAGAGCUGAAAUCUAAGAAGCGUAUGAGUCAGCACGGCAGUGACGCUUAGCCAGACGGAGGAAACACCGUGCCACUGCCAUUGAGCUCAGCUGCUGCUGCCGGCAGACAUGACCGCUCCAUCGUGUGCCCAGAGUGCCUUAUUUUGUACCUUCACUGGGAUGUUCACUUUUGCUGAACGCGCCUUUGAAAUGGAAUAUAAUGCCAAGUCUACGUGCCUGUGAUGUUUUAAUGCCAAGUACAUGUUAUAUGAAAUGUUGUGUAAGAAGCUCAAUGGAGAGCAAAUACCCCAGUGUCAUUUGGAGCAAAGUCGUGGACUGUCUGCCUGGAUUGUGUGAAUUUGUAAGACUGUCAUGUACUGACAGGGACUGAUGACACUAGGCCUUCAGCAGGGUAUCUACAUUCACACACACGCAGGCCUUUUUAUAGUUGUGAGAACACUCGUUGAUCACAUUGCCUACCCGCUCUCCCAACCCAACUCUUGUCAUGUUCUAAAUCCAAUUUUAACCACGUCAUUAUCAUCAAGUGUGAACCCUCGAAGAGACCUUUGAGGCUCUGGAUCCUCACAAUGCAGAAGUGCCCUCACGAUGAUUUAUAUAUAUAUUUUUUUAAAUCCUCAUAAACACAGAAAUACAUGUAUGAGGAGACACAUGUGUACAGAAUUACGAAAUAUAAAUAAUGCACCUUGUGUGUAUUUAGUUUUAAUUGUACAAAAUGCCUUUUAUGUUGUUUAACCGAUCACAAAGCAUCUCAAGUAAGGCUUGAAGCACUUUAAGAAAAGUUCUAGCAAAUUACCGUCCAAACAGCAAUAGAGUAAAAACUGUAGUGACAGAAUCCAGGGAUUUUUUUUGUGCUUUCUUCAUUUUGUUACAUCAUUAGUGUCUAUCUACUGUUUAAAACAAGAUCUCACAAGGCUUAAUUAAGUACUGCCUGAUUUGUUUAACCCACCCACUAGCUGGUUAGAGCGUCAACAGUGGGCUGAGAGGAUAUUUCUGGGGUGCAAUAACAGAGUCAAAAAAAAAUAUGUUUAAAGGAGAAAAAUGCAAUAAUGUGCUUGAGGUUUUAUGUGCCUUUUUAAUGUUUAAGAGUGAAUGUCAUCAAAAUGGAAUUCAUUAUUGAUCAACUUACUGUAUGUUAAUGGGAAAUUGGGGAAUUUUAUUAAAAUGUUUUCUAUGAAAUGAA